GCUGUACCUGAGAAUGGCUUCUUAUACCUGUCAUUCGCACCAUUCCUUUGGUGGUGUGCCGCAAGUUUUACGACCUUGUUUAAGAACCAGGUCUCGAACUACUUGGUCUAGUCCUCAAACUCUGCUCUAUUCCCAAGACCGGGUUAAUCGUAGACGCCAAGCGACAUCACGCGACAUCAUACUUAUGUUCUGAUUUACGAUAACAUAUCUACUGCCGCUAUUUCAUCGAUCAGGCCGUCGAUCCACCAUGGAGCCUGAACAUGAUGUUUCGUCAGAAGACGAAGAGAAGUCGGGAUCUUUGGACAACGAGAUACACAUUCCAAGGUUGCAUCUGCAACCUCAACAACUUGGGGUGACUUGGACGAACUUGACCGUCAAAGGAGUCUCCGCAGAUUCAACUAUCAACGAGAACGUCUUCUCCCAAUUCAAUUCUGUACAGCAGUUCAAAGAGAGCCGCAAACCUUCUCCUUUGAAGACAAUCAUAGACUCGUCCCAUGGACAUGUCAAGCCCGGUCAGAUGUUGCUUGUGGUGGGAAGACCAGGAGCAGGAUGCACAACAUUGCUCAAAAUGCUGUCGAAUAGGCGAAACGGUUAUAAGAGCAUCGAAGGGGAGGUGUCUUUUGGUUCUAUGGAUCAUAAAGAAGCCAGUAAUUAUCCAGGACAGAUAGUGAUGAGCUCAGAAGAGGAAGUGUUCUUUCCCACAUUAACCGUGAGCCAAACGAUGGACUUUGCCACGAGGAUGAAGAUACCUACCCAGAUUCCAGAUGGUCAAACCCCUGAAGAGUACAGACUGACCCAACGAGACCACAUCCUCAAACUUUUAGGCAUUGACCAUACUCUGUCAACUAAAGUAGGAAACGAAUUCAUACGAGGCGUUAGUGGAGGCGAACGAAAGCGAGUGUCUAUUGCCGAAUGUCUCGCGACCCGCGGAAGUAUAUUCUGUAUGGAUAACUCAAUUCGUGGUCUUGACGCCAGCACAGCGCUCGAGUUCACUCGUGCCCUUCGCGCCCUUACAGAUAUCCUAGGCCUAACAACAAUUUGCACAUUCUACCAGGCCGGCAACGGCAUCUUCAAUCUAUUUGAUCAAGUCCUCGUACUGGACCAUGGCAAACAGAUAUUCUAUGGACCUCGUGAGCAAGCGGUUCCUUUCAUGCAAGAUCUUGGAUUCUACUUCGAACCCUCCGCGAAUAUUGGCGACUCACUCGCAGGCGUCACUAUUCCCUCGCAAAGAAUGAUCAGAAAGGGGUACGAAGAUCGUUUCCCGCGGACAGCUGAGGAGAUCAGGGCGGCAUAUGAGAAGUCCGACAUCAAGAAAGAAAUGGAGUCCACAUACAAGUAUCCUGGAUCUCAAAACGCAACUCAGGUCACCCAGGCCUUUAAGGAGAACGUCCUCUCCGAAAAGCACAAGUCAGUGCCGAAGACUUCUGGUCUGACUGUGGCCUUCUUAACCCAAGUCAAACACUGUACAGCUCGACAGUACCAGAUCUUAUGGGGUGACAAACCUACAUUGUUCAUCAAGCAAGUUUCCAUAUUGAUCCAGGCUCUCCUGACUGGCUCACUCUUCUACAGUGCAAGUGCGGAUUCUACUGGUCUGUUCAUCAAAGGGGGUGCUAUCUUCCUUGCAGCCCUGUAUCCUGCCUUAUUAGCUAUGUCGGAAACGACUGAUUCCUUCACUGGGCGUCCUGUCCUCGCCAAACAUCGCGAGUUCGCCUUCUACCAUCCAGCGGCAUUUUGUAUCGCCCAAAUAGCUGCUGAUAUUCCGGUAUUGCUCGUUCUCCUGACUCAUUUCUCGUUGAUACUGUACUUCAUGGUUGGCUUGAAAAUGACCGCUGGUGCUUUCUUCACCUUCUACUUUUGCCUCAUUGCGACAUCAUUAGCUUUCGCUUCCUUCUUCCGAUUCAUCGGUGCAGCGUUCCCUAAUUUCGAAGCUGCCUCAAAAGUCUCCGGAUUUGCUAUCGCAGCAAUCGCCACAUACGCUGGAUAUAUGAUACAAAAGCCGCAAAUGCAUCCUUGGUUUGUCUGGAUCUUUUGGAUAAAUCCAAUGUCGUAUGCCUUCGAUGCACUGCUGUCGAAUGAAUUUCGUGGUCAAAACAUCGAUUGUGCUGGCCCCAACCUUGUACCAUUAGGACAGUCCUACACCGAUAAGGCCAAUCAGGCUUGCACAGGUAUUCGAGGUGCUCCAAUCGGGGCGACAUCUCUGACUGGAGACGAAUAUCUGGGAAGCUUGUCCUUCAACCCUGAUCGUAUCUGGGGCAACAUUGGCGUUGUUUUAGCGUGGUGGGUUUUUUAUACCGUCUUGACUAUUGUCUUCACUUCCCGUUGGAAGUCGGCAUCAGACGGUGGCCGCAGUCUCUUGGUACCGCGAGAGACAGUCCAUCUUGUACGAGAGAGACGGACUGGGGAAGACAUCGAGUCUCAGGCUCAGGAGAAGGAGUUGGCAGGUAGCUCAACAGACUCUUCCGCUGUACCAUCAUCAGCGAAUUCGCUCAACAAACAGCUCUUACAGAACAAAUCUGUUUUCACUUGGAAGAAUCUGUCGUAUACCGUCAACACCCCAGACGGCGAACGCAAGCUCCUUGACGAUGUGUACGGAUGGGUAAAACCGGGUAUGCUUGGUGCGCUUAUGGGCUCAUCUGGAGCUGGUAAGACGACCUUAAUGGACGUGCUUGCUCAACGCAAGACAGACGGAAAGAUCACUGGCUCAAUUCUCGUCGAUGGACGAGAAUUAUCCCUGUCAUUUCAAAGGUCCGCUGGCUACUGUGAACAGCUCGAUGUCCAUGAACGCAUGUCUACCGUACGUGAGUCUCUCGAGUUUGCGGCACUGCUACGUCAGUCGCGCGACACACCAGACGCAGACAAAAUACGCUACGUCGAUUCUAUAAUCGAUUUACUUGAGCUUCAUGACAUCGAACACACGCUGAUCGGUCGUCCUGGGAAUGGACUGAGUGUCGAGCAGCGCAAGAGAGUGACCAUUGGAGUCGAACUUGUCUCCAAGCCGGAGAUCCUUAUCUUUCUCGACGAACCCACCUCUGGUCUCGACGGCCAAGCGGCCUUUGGUAUCGUACGCUUUCUUCGAAAGCUUGCUGAUAUUGGACAAGCUGUCCUGGUCGUCAUCCAUCAGCCGUCCGCCAGUCUCUUCGCUCAAUUUGACACCCUUCUUCUCCUUCAGAAGGGUGGUCGUAUGAGCUACUUUGGUGACAUCGGCGAGAAUGGAGCCACAGUCAAGGACUACUUCGCACGCCAUGGCGCCCCCUGCCCUGAUGCUACCAAUCCUGCCGAACAUAUGAUAGACGUCGUGUCCGGCUCUCUUUCGAAAACACAUGACUGGCACCAAGUCUGGCUCGACUCCCCAGAACAUAAACGCGCUCUCGAAAACCUAGAUUCUCUCGUGUCUGAUGCAGCAUCCAAGCCCCCAGGCACUGAAGACGAUGGCCACGAAUUUGCAGCAUCCCACUGGACUCAAACUCGUAUCCUCAUGAAUCGCAUGAACAGGGCUCUCUACCGCGACGUCGAAUACGUCAAUAACCGCGUCUUUCUGCACAUCGGCAGUGCCCUCUUCAAUGGCUUCUCCUUCUGGAUGAUUGGUGACAGCGUCUCUGAUCUCCAGCUGCGCCUCUUCACUAUCUUCAACUUCAUAUUCGUCGCGCCUGGCGUGUUCGCCCAACUGCAGCCCCUUUUCCUCGAGCGCAGAGAUGUAUAUGAGGCCCGCGAGAAGAAAAGCAAGACGUACUCCUGGCCCGCCUUCGUCACUGCGUUAAUUGUCUCCGAAAUCCCCUACCUCCUCUUCUCCGGACUCCUCUACUUCGUCUGCUGGUACUACACCGUCGGCUUCCCCACCUCGAGCGCCCGCGCCGGCGCAACACUGCUCAUCAUGCUACUCUACGAAUUCCUAUACACAGGAAUGGGCCAGUUCGUCGCUGCAUACGCGCCCAACGCCAUCUUUGCCGCGCUCGUCAACCCAGUCAUCAUCGGGGUCUUGGUCUCUUUCUGCGGCGUGCUGGUGCCCUAUGCGCAAAUCACGGCGUUUUGGCGGUACUGGCUGUAUUACCUCGAUCCAUUCAACUACCUCAUGGGUGCGAUGCUGGUGUUUACGACAUGGGGUGUGGACGUGCAAUGUCGCGAGAAUGAGUAUGCGAUCUUCGAUCCGCCGCAAAACCAGACGUGCGGCGACUAUCUUUCAGAAUACCUCCUUGGCGCAGGCGCAAGCUCGAGGUUGUUGGACGCGAGUGCUACGCAAGCGUGUAGGGUGUGUCAGUAUAAGAGCGGCAGCGAGUAUUUGCAGGGGUUGAAUCUGAUGGAAUAUCGCACGGGCUGGCGUAAUGUUGGGAUUGUGACGUUGUUCUGCUUCUCGAGCUAUGCACUUGUGUAUGGGCUUAUGAAGUUGCGCACAAAGGCGACGAAGAAGGCGGAGGGGAAAUAGACUGGGUGCUACGAAAGAUGUAUAAUAGACGUGUGAUAGAUUGUAGAUACCAACAGAGCUCUCGAGAGUAC